UGUCGCUUUUAACGCUGACGUCUUCAUUGGCAUUUUCUGUUGCAAUUGUUGUUUAAAAUAGAAUGAACUUAUUACUUACAUUAGUUAAUCAAUUAUGAAUCAUUGUUAAAUUAGUUAGUUACUUGCAAUAAUCAUAAAGUCUUGUUAAAUAAAAAUGGUGACUCAACGCCGCUUUUUUAUAGCCCAGUUUACGCUAUUACUAAUUAUCGCACUUGUUGCCGCUAAAACGAAACUUUCUGGAGUCCAAGAAGACAUCGCUGACUACAAGGAUUUCAAGAAGCUGCUGCGCACUAAAAAUAAUGUGCUUGCUCUCUAUGUCUCCGGUGCCAAAGCGGCUGCCAACGAGCUUAAGGUAUUCCGUGAAGCGGCUGAAACUAUUCGCGGCACCGGAACCAUGUUGUAUGUGGACUGCGCAAAUCAGGAGAAGAAAAAGCUGUGCAAGAAGCUGAAGGUGUCACCAGAACCCUACACGCUGCGACACUACAAGGAUGGCGACUUUCACAAGGACUAUGAUCGGCAGUUGAACGUCGCCUCCAUGGUCACAUUUAUGCGAGAUCCAACGGGGGAUUUGCCCUGGGAAGAGGAUCCAGCUGGAUUGGAUGUACUUCACUUCAACGAUGCGGCGGCAUUUACAAAGCAUCUGCGCAAGGACAUUCGGCCUAUGUUAGUCAUGUUUCAUGUCCCCUGGUGUGGCUUCUGCAAGCGCAUGAAACCCGACUACAGCAAGGCAGCCAGCGAUCUUAAGGCGCAGGGUGGAUAUCUGUUGGCCGCCAUGAAUGUGGAGCGCCAGGAGAACGCUCCCAUUCGUAAGCUUUUCAAUAUAACUGGUUUUCCCACUCUAAUUUACUUUGAAAAUGGCAAAAUGCGUUUCACUUACGAAGGUGAAAAUACCAAAGAUGCUCUGGUCGCUUUUAUGCUGAAUCCCACUGUCAAGCCAACUCCCAAGCCCAAGGAACCCGACUGGUCGGCAGACACUGGCUCGGAAAUAGUGCACCUGACAACGCAAGGCUUUGAGCCGGCUUUGAAAGACGAAAAGUCGGUACUGGUCAUGUUCUAUGCUCCCUGGUGUGGCCAUUGCAAGCGCAUGAAACCAGAAUAUGAGAAAGCCGCGCUUGAGAUGAAGCAGAAUAAUGUGCCCGGAGUGCUGGCCGCAUUGGAUGCCACCAAAGAGCCGAGCAUAGGAGAAAAAUACAAAGUCAAAGGCUACCCGACAGUGAAAUACUUUGCGAAUGGUGUUUACAAGUUUGACGUCAAUGUACGUGAGGCAUCAAAGAUUGUGGACUUUAUGCGUGAUCCCAAGGAGCCGCCACCACCACCACCGCCAGAAAAGAGCUGGGAAGAGGAGGCUGACAACACUGAAGUUCUGUUUCUCAAUGAUGACACAUUUAGCACAACUCUAAAGCGUAAGAAGCAUGCUCUAGUCAUGUUUUAUGCGCCAUGGUGUGGUCAUUGUAAACAUACAAAGCCUGAAUUUACCGCCGCUGCUAAUGCGUUGCAAGAUGAUCCGCGUAUUGUCUUUGUCGCAAUAGAUUGCACCAAAUAUGCAACGCUGUGCGGCAAGUACAAUGUGCGAGGAUAUCCCACCAUACUGUACUUCUCGUACCUCAAAACCAAGCUGGAGUACAACGGAGGACGCACCAGCAAGGACUUUAUUUCCUAUAUGAACAAUCCUCCAAGCGCCACGGAACACAACGAACUGUGAUCGGUGUUUAAUCAUUUCAAAUCUCUUAACUGUAUUAAUUUGCAUUUAUACCACAAACUCAUUCCAGAGCGUGCGAACAACUUGUAAACUGCUAAAUGCGAAUCUCAUUCGACUUACUAAAAAGACUUUAAUCUAUACUCUUAA